GCUGCGGAACGGAUUAAAGUGGAUAUUGGUUGUAUUUUUGUUGCUCCUGUUGGCCGGAACCGAAAGCGAGGCACGUGUCUCGCAGGGAAUGCAGGUGCAGUUGCCACAUGGCGGCUGGCUUAGAGGACGACAUCGUACCACGGUUAGCGGGCGACAUAUGAGAGCCUUUAUGGGUAUACCCUAUGCACUACCGCCGUUGGGGGAGCUGCGUUUUCGGCCGCCCGUGGAGCAACCCGGUUGGCAGGGUGAACGUUUGGCGCUUAAGGAUGCGCCCAUUUGUAUGCAACGGGAUCCGUAUCGACGCGACAUGAUCAUUGAGGGUAGCGAGGAUUGCCUGUACCUGAAUGUCUAUACACCAGAUCCGCUGCCGAAUCCUUCAAAGCCGCUGCCUGUGAUGAUUUGGUUCCAUGGCGGCGGUUGGCAAUGUGGUUCGGGUAUUAGCAGCUUCUAUGGUCCCGAUUUUCUGCUGGAACAUGAUGUUGUCUUCGUUUCGGCCAACUUUCGUUUGGGUCCGCUCGGUUUCCUCAGCACGGAGACACUCGACUGUCCGGGCAACAAUGGACUCAAGGAUCAGUUGCAGGUGCUGCGUUGGGUGCGUGACAAUAUCGCUGCCUUUGGCGGUGAUCCGCACAGUGUGACCGUGUUUGGUGAGAGUGCCGGCGGUGCCAGUGUCACCUAUCACAUGCUCUCGGAGCAAUCUCGUGGUUUGUUCCAUCGUGGCAUUGCCCAAUCGGGCACCUAUUACAAUCCCUGGGCACAGCCCGCCCACAAGGGCGUGGCAGCUCAGCGGGCCGAGAAGUUGACGCAGUUGCUGCACUGCAGCGAAGCUGGUGAGGAUUGGGCAGCCAAAUUGAAGUGUUUGCGCGGCAAAUCAGCUGAGAAAAUUGUGGAAACGCUCUAUGAUAUGUUUUUGUGGGACUUUGAUCCGAUGAUACCCUUUCCGCCCGUCAUUGAGCCCGCUCACAAGGGCGCCUUUCUCACUGUGCCUCCACGUGAGGCAGAGGCGCCACAUGGUCAGCAGCUGCCGCUGAUGCUGGGCGUGACAUCCGAAGAGGGAUUGCUGAAGACGGCGGCACUUCUCAACAUGCCACAACUCUUGGAGGAGUUCAAAACAAAGUUUGCAGAACUGCUGCCCAUUGUGCUCUAUUAUGAUCAUCAUCCGCAGCAGACACAACAGCAGAUAACGCAACAAAUUGAGCAAUUCUACUUCCAAACGGGUCACAACUACAACAAGUCCAAUCAUCAGAAUCUGACCGAUCUUGUAUCCGAUGGCUGGUUUGUGGCUGGCAUCGAUGAGUAUCUGCAGAUGCGUUUGCAUCCACAACAUUCAAAAGUGGCGCCCACUUAUGUCUAUCUCUUUGAGCAUAAAGGUGCCGCCAGUUUCUCCGAGUUAUUCAAAGGUGGACGCAAUGAUUUCUAUGGCGCCUGUCAUGCCGAGGAGCUGCAAUAUCUGUUUCCCAUUGGACGGGAGCUAUUUGUUAGCGCUGUGCCCACAAGUCAGGAUCUAAAGCUGCGGGAAAUUAUGCUCAAUCUCUGGGUGAACUUUGCGCGCACAGGCAAUCCGAAUUCUGUUACUAACAACAGCAACUUACCCAGUUGGUUGCCCACAUCCUCGUAUCCAGUUGAAUUUGCGCGCCUUGGUUCCAAGUCGGAAGUGGACGACGAUUUGGUUGACAAGUUGUCAGCAUUGUUGCGCAUGGAGGCAGCGCUCUUGCAGCAACGUGUGGACUUUUGGCAGCAGCUCAAGGCUCAUUUGCCUGCUCAUCAGCGAACGCAUCCGCAUCACGAGCUAUAAUAUUCAUCAUUUUCAUAGUUAAAAAAUACAUUUUACUCUACGUUUCAAUAAAUAUAUAUAGAGCGUUACCAGA